CAAUAGUUUGCUGGCAUCGGUGUCUCUUUGAACAUUUCGAUAUCUUUUCUUGACCUGUGCAAAUCGUUUCAACGGUAUUCAAAAUUGUGCUUAGACUAAUUUCAAUUGCAGCUUACAGAUGUAUUACAACCUGUGUAACGAAUAGAGUUUCUAAAAAAUGCAGCCGGGAUUUUUGUUCAGAUUCUGUGUUUUUGCUCUUGCCGUUUGGUUUGCGCACGCUGCUGUCACUGAGAAGAAGAAAUACACUACGAAGUAUGACAAUAUAGACAUCGAGGACGUCAUCAAGAAUGACAGAUUGCUGAAGAACUACGUGGAUUGUUUGCUGGAGAAGGGAAUUUGCACUCCCGAUGGAUUGGAAUUGAAAAAAAACAUGCCGGAUGCGAUUGAAACGGAUUGCAGUAAAUGCAGCGAAAAGCAGAAAGACGGUUCCGACAAGAUGAUUCGUUUCUUGAUCGAUAAUAAACCAGAAUUGUGGGCACCGUUGCAGGAGAAGUAUGAUCCAACGGGAAGCUACAAGAAACGUUAUUUGGCGAACAAAAGUGACGUCAAUAUCGAACCAGUCCAUGUUUAAAAAAAAUAUUCAUCUAACUAGAAAUGUAGCAAAAGAUUAUAGCAAUUAUUUUGCACUAUUUAGCAACUUCUUUGAAAACUGGUUAGUGAAUGUUAUAAUUUUAUAGAUAAUAUAUCUAAUAAUGCAAACUGCAUGCAAUGCUUCCUGUUCGACUAAAUUACGUGCAAUUAUAAUAAAAAAAUGAACCAUUAAAUAUAA